UAACUCGGUCAGUUUCCAAUGGAUCUUCAAUUGUAGCACAUAUUUGGAUAGAUCUGGUCAUUAGCUACCAAAAGUUAUUCUACGCCGAUGUGCUAAGUUGUCUGUGGAAAAAGUGAUUCGAGGUACAAAGACUUAACAUUUUCUCAAUUUUUCUAAAAAAAUUCCUCAUUUUGCCACUUUGGAUGCUUAUAACUCGGUCAGUUUCCAAUGGAUCUUCAAUUGUAGCACAUAUUUGGAUAGAUCUGGUCAUUAGCUACCAAAAGUUAUUCUACGCCGAUGUGCUAAGUUGUCUGUGGAAAAAGUUAUUUGAGGUACAAAGACUUAACAUUUUCUCAACUUUUCCAAAAAAAUUCCUCAUUUUGCCACUUUGGAUGCUUAUAACUCGGACAGUUUCCAAUGGAUCUUCAAUUGUAGCACAUAUUUGGAUAGAUCUGGUCAUUAGCUACCAAAAGUUAUUCUACGCCGAUGUGCUAAGUUGUCUGUGGAAAAAGUGAUUCGAGGUACAAAGACUUAACAUUUUCUCAAUUUUUCUAAAAAAAUUCCUCAUUUUGCCACUUUGGAUGCUUAUAACUCGGUCAGUUUCCAAUGGAUCUUCAAUUGUAGCACAUAUUUGGAUAGAUCUGGUCAUUAGCUACCAAAAGUUAUUCUACGCCGAUGUGCUAAGUUGUCUGUGGAAAAAGUUAUUUGAGGUACAAAGACUUAACAUUUUCUCAACUUUUCCAAAAAAAUUCCUCAUUUUGCCACUUUGGAUGCUUAUAACUCGGACAGUUUCCAAUAGAUCUUCAAUUGUAGCACAUAUUUGGAUAGAUCUGGUCAUUAGCUACCAAAAGUUAUUCUACGCCGAUGUGCUAAGUUGUCUGUGGAAAAAGUGAUUCGAGGUACAAAGACUUAACAUUUUCUCAACUUUUCCAAAAAAUUCCUCAUUUUGCCACUUUGGAUGCUUAUAACUCGGUCAGUUUCCAAUGGAUCUUCAAUUGUAGCACAUAUUUGGAUAGAUCUGGUCAUUAGCUACCAAAAGUUAUUCUACGCCGAUGUGCUAAGUUGUCUGUGGAAAAAGUUAUUCGAGGUACAAAGACUUAACAUUUUCUCAACUUUUCCAAAAAAAAAUCCUCAUUUUGCCACUUUGGAUGCUUAUAACUCGGUCAGUUUCCAAUGGAUCUUCAAUUGUAGCACAUAUUUGGAUAGAUCUGGUCAUUAGCUACCAAAAGUUAUUCUACGCCGAUGUGCUAAGUUGUCUGUGGAAAAAGUGAUUCGAGGUACAAAGACUUAACAUUUUCUCAACUUUUCCAAAAAAAUUCCUCAUUUUGCCGCUUUGGAUGCUUAUAACUCGGUCAGUUUUCAAUGGAUCUUCAAUUGUAACACAGAUUUGGAUAGAUCUGGUCAUUAGCUACCAAAAGUUAUUCUACGCCGAUGUGCUAAGUUGUCUGUGGAAAAAGUUAUUCGAGGUACAAAGACUUAACAUUUUCUCAACUUUUCAAAAAAAAAUCCUCAUUUUGCCACUUUGGAUGCUUAUAACUCGGUCAGUUUCCAAUGGAUCUUCAAUUGUAGCACAUAUUUGGAUAGAUCUGGUCAUUAGCUACCAAAAGUUAUUCUACGCCGAUGUGCUAAGUUGUCUGUGGAAAAAGUGAUUCGAGGUACAAAGACUUAACAUUUUCUCAAUUUUUCUAAAAAAAUUCCUCAUUUUGCCACUUUGGAUGCUUAUAACUCGGUCAGUUUCCAAUGGAUCUUCAAUUGUAGCACAUAUUUGGAUAGAUCUGGUCAUUAGCUACCAAAAGUUAUUCUACGCCGAUGUGCUAAGUUGUCUGUGGAAAAAGUUAUUCGAGGUACAAAGACUUAACAUUUUCUCAACUUUUCCAAAAAAUUCCUCAUUUUGCCACUUUGGAUGCUUAUAACUCGGUCAGUUUCCAAUGGAUCUUCAAUUGUAGCACAUAUUUGGAUAGAUCUGGUCAUUAGGUACCAAAAGUUAUUCUACGCCGAUGUGCUAAGUUGUCUGUGGAAAAAGUUAUUUGAGGUACAAAGACUUAACAUUUUCUCAACUUUUCCAAAAAAAUUCCUCAUUUUGCCACUUUGGAUGCUUAUAACUCGGUCAGUUUCCAAUGGAUCUUCAAUUGUAACACAGAUUUGGAAAGAUCUGCUCAUCAGCUACCAAAAGUUAUUCUACGCCGAUGUGCUAAGUUGUCUGUGGAAAAAGUUAUUCGAGGUACAAAGACCUAAAAUUUUCUCAAUUUUUCCUAAAAAAUUCCUCAUUUUGCCACUUUGGAUGCUUAUAACUCGGUCAGUUUCCAAUGGAUCUUCAAUUGUAGCACAUAUUUGGAUAGAUCUUGUCAUUAGCUACCAAAAGUUAUUCUACGCCGAUGUGCUAAGUUGUCUGUGGAAAAAGUUAUUCGAGGUACAAAGACUUAACAUUUUCUCAAUUUUUCCUAAAAAAUUCCUCAUUUUGCCACUUUGGAUGCUUAUAACUCGGUCAGUUUCCAAUGGAUCUUCAAUUGUAGCACAUAUUUGGAUAGAUCUGGUCAUUAGCUACCAAAAGUUAUUCUACGCCGAUGUGCUAAGUUGUCUGUGAAAAAAGUUAUUCGAGGUACAAAGACUUAAAAUUUUCUCAAUUUUUCCUAAAAAAUUCCUCAUUUUGCCACUUUGGAUGCUUAUAACUCGGUCAGUUUCCAAUGGAUCUUCAAUUGUAGCGCAUAUUUGGAUAGAUCUGGUCAUUAGCUACCAAAAGUUAUUCUACGCCGAUGUGCUAAGUUGUCUGUGGAAAAAGUUAUUCGAGGUACAAAGACUUAACAUUUUCUCAACUUUUCCAAAAAAAAUCCUCAUUUUGCCACUUUGGAUGCUUAUAACUCGGUCAGUUUCCAAUGGAUCUUCAAUUGUAGCACAUAUUUGGAUAGAUCUGGUCAUUAGCUACCAAAAGUUAUUCUACGCCAAUGUGCUAAGUUGUCUGUGGAAAAAGUUAUUCGAGGUACAAAGACUUAACAUUUUCUCAACUUUUCCAAAAAAAAUUCCUCAUUUUGCCACUUUGGAUGCUUAUAACUCGGUCAGUUUCCAAUGGAUCUUCAAUUGUAGCACAUAUUUGGAUAGAUCUGGUCAUUAGCUACCAAAAGUUAUUCUACGCCGAUGUGCUAAGUUGUCUGUGGAAAAAGUUAUUCGAGGUACAAAGACCUAAAAUUUUCUCAAUUUUUCCUAAAAAAUUCCUCAUUUUGCCACUUUGGAUGCUUAUAACUCGGUCAGUUUCCAAUGGAUCUUCAAUUGUAGCGCAUAUUUGGAUAGAUCUAGUCAUUAGCUACCAAAAGUUAUUCUACGCCGAUGUGCUAAGUUGUCUGUGGAAAAAGUUAUUCGAGGUACAAAGACCUAAAAUUUUCUCAAUUUUUCCUAAAAAAUUCCUCAUUUUGCCACUUUGGAUGCUUAUAACUCGGUCAGUUUCCAAUGGAUCUUCAAUUGUAGCGCAUAUUUGGAUAGAUCUGGUCAUUAGCUACCAAAAGUUAUUCUACGCCGAUGUGCUAAGUUGUCUGUGGAAAAAGUUAUUCGAGGUACAAAGACUUAACAUUUUCUCAACUUUUCCAAAAAAAAUCCUCAUUUUGCCACUUUGGAUGCUUAUAACUCGGUCAGUUUCCAAUGGAUCUUCAAUUGUAGCACAGAUUUGGAAAGAUCUGCUCAUCAAAUACCAAAAGUUAUUCUACGCCGAUGUGCUAAGUUGUCUGUGGAAAAAGUUAUUCGAGGUACAAAGACUUAACAUUUUCUCAACUUUUCCAAAAAAAUUCCUCAUUUUGCCACUUUGGAUGCUUAUAACUCGGUCAGUUUCCAAUGGAUCUUCAAUUGUAGCACAUAUUUGGAUAGAUCUGGUCAUUAGCUACCAAAAGUUAUUCUUCGCCGAUGUGCUAAGUUGUCUGUGGAAAAAGUUAUUCGAGGUACAAAGACUUAACAUUUUCUAAACUUUUCCAAAAAAAUUCCUCAUUUUGCCACUUUGGAUGCUUAUAACUCGGUCAGUUUCCAAUGGAUCUUCAAUUGUAGCACAUAUUUGGAUAGAUCUGGUCAUUA